UCAUCAUCAUUAUCACAUGUGCGCACGCAAAAUUGCACGCGAGAGGUAGCCACGUCGACGGUCACGAGACCUUCGCCGCACGAGUGGCAAGCACCGAGGACAGGCCUGCUAGGAGCAACGACAAAGGACACCGGAGAUAACCUGGGACGACUUCGCUGAAGAUGGCUGACGAGCAGUCUUGGUACGAGGCUCUCUGGAGGCUCGACUUCGAGCGAGAGUGCUCGGCGUACCCGGCCACGGAGGGGAUCUGCUGGCUGUGCGACGAACUGGCCAAGUGGAACGUCGUCCUCGCUCCGCUGAGACUUCAAAUUGUGGAGGAUAUACCCGGGUACCUGUGCCUACGCACGCGGCCGGGAAACGAGAAGCCCAAGAAUAUGAACAGUCCCCACAACACGGCUUACUUCGUGGCUUGGCUGCCGAGGAAACACCGGUGCAUCGUCGCCGUGAAGUUCGGCCAAGGCGAGAUGGAGCUAGACCGAUCGACCGUGCCCCCCUCCUUGUACGAAAUUCCUCCGAACGUGCGCCAAGUCAUCAUCGGAGGAGUCGGCGCGUUCGAAACCAGCUCUCUCAUGGACUCGCUGGGUCGCGUGGUGCAACUCGAGGCCCUCAUUUUGGACGAAGCCACCGUGGGCGACCCGCUGUCCAUAGGACUGGGCGGACUGCUGGUGGCGAACGCGGCCACCGUGAGAAUGAUCACCGUGACCAGGACCUUCAUACCGAGCGGCGCUUCCAACAUUCUCACCGACGCCAUUUCCAGAUGCCGGAACCUGAAAGAGCUCACGUUCAACACCCACCUGGACUUGCAAGGGCUGAAGUACUUGAACAACCUGCUUCAGUCAGCCGAGUGUCUCGAGAAAUUGUGCUUGAGGGAAGCGAUGAACACCAUAUUCGAGCCCACCGAAGACCCGCACAACGAGGAGCUCUUGGCCACCGUCGCCGACCGGGCACAGAGGAGCGGGUCCGCGCUGUCGGAUUUCUGCUACCACGCUUACACGCACGUCUUCACGAGCACCCUGCGGGCUCUGAAAGGGAGCACGGUGCUGAGACAGCUGGAAAUCAGCAAGUGCGAGUGUGUGACCGGCCCGACUGUCAGAUCGCUGCUCCGGUGCGUGCUCUCUUCCUUCGCGGGACUGCACUCGCUCACUUUCAGGGCCUGCGAGUUCGACACCGCGGCCAUUGAAGUGGUAGCCGGCGCUCUCGAAGUGAACGCCACGCUGAGGCAGCUGAUGGUGUACGACGUCGUCAUGACCUUCCCGCAGAUGCAAACUCUCCUGAGAGCCCUUGAGAAGAACAAGACGUUGAACUUGUUGCAAGUCGACUUCGUGGCUGCCACGGAGAAACAGAGGUGGAUGCUCUCCGACCAACUGGGCCAAAAUGACCUCUACGCGCGCGUGCAACUGCCAUGGAUGAACGCGGAUGCCCAAUACCUGUGCACCGUCCUGGGCCAGCGCUGGCUGUGCCCCAGCGACUUGCAGCUCAACGCGGGGCGUCUGAGCGAAGCGUACUUCGCGAUGCUGUGCCGGGCCCUGUCGCGCUCCCGUUUCGUGCGAAGCCUGUCGGUGAGUCUCUGGCGUGCCCGGCCCGGACACGUCGACAGCCUUCGAGAGGCCCUGAGGAGGAACACGUCGAUCGUCGAGCUCAGGAUACACGACUCCGAGAGCCAGGGGUCUGCGGUCAGGGCCUCGGUGGGCCUGGACGUCAAUCGCACCGUCGCACAGCUGUGCGUCGUCUGCUGCGACGACAUGAAGCCGUCGGCCGCCGUCGAGUUUGCGUACGUGCUGGCCACCAACAGAUUCCUGUGUGACGUGGAGCUGGUGUGCUCGGGCGAAGUGGACGCCGAUUGCAUGGCCGCGAUGGCUCGGGGUCUCGUGCAGAACCCGACCCUCGUGUCCUUUUCGGUUCGGUCCAGGUACAUAUUCGACUGUGCGACUCGAGACAUGGAGGUCGCCUUGCAGAAGAACGUGACCUGGCUUCACCGGGCCGUGCGCUUUGUUCUGGAGCGGAACCGUACGAAGCCCUUCGCGGAGGCGUUCGAGGCGUACGAGAGAAAGGCGGUGCUCGUACCACGUGUGAUGGCUACGUCGGGCAUGAGCAGAGAGGAGGUGAUCGCGGCUGUGACGUCGGCCCGGCGCUUCAUUCGGUGCAACUACUUCCUGAUCAACAACGUGGUCAGUCGCGUCAUCGAGUGUUGGCCGGGAGAGGGCACGCAGAUCGACGCCCUCAACUAUGACUGCUGGUUGGCCAUUGCAGACCGCUUGAAAGUAUGUGACAUUGUUCAUGCAGGAUCUCCUAAAGAUUAGGGAUGACUAAGGGCAGUGCGGUUGGCCGGGUGGGACGCUCUAGUCUGUGGAUCCGCACGAGAAAUCGCUGCAUCAAGGGUGCAUUUUUCAGCAGCAGUUGCUGACAUUUCAUAUUUAAUAAAAUGUUUGUUUUA